GUGGGGAGAGGAGAGGGAGAGGGCCAGCUAGGAAAGGCUAGGAAGAGUGGCUGAUAGCCUGGAAUCCCUCUAAGAGAGCUAGCAGACGAGGCAUCAUAGGAAAAGCUAAUGAACUAGAUAGAGUAAGGGAGACUGAGACUGACCGGUAGCCAGCUAGACAGACGGACGCAUGCCCGGACAGACAGAGGGCUCUGGAGAACCUAUCGGUUCUUUUUGCCUUUCUUUUUGAAAAGCAGGAUUUUGAUUUUUUUUAGUGGCGCUCAAGAGAGAAUGCUGGACUCUGCUACCUUCAGCUCAAGCUAAGAUUUCUCAGCUAGGGAAGAAAGAUCAGCCCAGUCCCGCAAGGGGGAGGGAAGCAAAAGCCCCUGCCUCCAACCCCCUUCCCUCCCCCGGGCCAAACUCGGGGACCAAACCCAGACCUUCCCUAACCAUCUGACUUCCUCCUUUCCUUUUUAGCAUGGUGGCUGUAUGGACAGUCUGACAGAACAGAGAUUGACAUCUCCCAAUCUGCCGGCCCCCCACCUGGAACACUACAGUGUUCUGCAUUGCACCAUGACCCUGGAUGUGCAAACUGUAGUCGUUUUUGCCGUGAUUGUAGUCCUCCUGCUUGUCAAUGUCAUACUCAUGUUUUUCUUGGGAACGCGCUGAAUGGAGUCCAGCCACCUGAGCUGUUGCGAACUCUCACUUUGAUUUCAUCCCGAGAGCCUCCGAGGGGGAAAAAAAUCAAGAGAGACAGUCUGAGACAGGGAAAGAGAGGGAGAGAAAGAACAAGCUUUCUUACUCAGGGGGGAAAACGUUUUUGAGCUUCAACAUGGCCUCGCUGUGAUAUGUAUGACGUUGCUGAUCACUGGAGAUUCCAUCGUUAGUGCUGAGGCAGUAUGGGAUCACGUCACCAUGGCCAACCGGGAGUUGGCAUUUAAGGCUGGCGACGUCAUCAAAGUCUUGGAUGCUUCCAACAAGGAUUGGUGGUGGGGCCAGAUCGACGAUGAGGAGGGAUGGUUUCCUGCCAGCUUUGUGAGGCUCUGGGUGAACCAGGAGGAUGGGGUGGAGGAAGGGCCCAGUGAUGUGCAGAAUGGGCACCUGGACCCCAACUCAGACUGCCUUUGUCUGGGCCGGCCACUACAGAACCGGGACCAGAUGCGGGCCAAUGUCAUCAAUGAGAUCAUGAGCACCGAGCGUCAUUACAUCAAGCAUCUCAAGGACAUUUGUGAGGGUUACCUGAAGCAGUGCCGAAAGAGAAGGGACAUGUUCAGUGAUGAGCAACUGAAGGUCAUCUUUGGGAACAUUGAAGACAUCUACAGAUUUCAGAUGGGCUUUGUGAGAGACCUGGAGAAGCAGUACAACAAUGAUGACCCCCACCUCAGUGAGAUAGGACCCUGCUUCCUAGAGCAUCAAGAUGGGUUCUGGAUAUAUUCGGAAUAUUGUAACAACCACCUGGACGCCUGCAUGGAACUCUCCAAGCUGAUGAAGGACAGCCGCUACCAACACUUUUUUGAGGCCUGCCGACUCUUGCAGCAGAUGAUUGACAUUGCUAUCGAUGGUUUUCUUUUGACUCCAGUACAGAAGAUCUGCAAAUAUCCCUUACAGUUAGCUGAGCUCCUUAAGUAUACUGCCCAAGACCACAGUGAUUACAGAUAUGUUGCAGCUGCUUUGGCUGUCAUGAGAAAUGUGACUCAGCAGAUCAAUGAACGCAAGCGACGUCUGGAGAAUAUUGACAAGAUUGCACAAUGGCAGGCCUCUGUCCUAGACUGGGAGGGAGAGGACAUCUUAGACAGGAGCUCGGAGCUGAUCUACACCGGAGAGAUGGCCUGGAUCUAUCAACCCUAUGGCCGCAACCAGCAGAGAGUCUUCUUCUUAUUCGACCACCAAAUGGUCCUCUGCAAGAAGGACCUAAUCCGGAGAGACAUCCUAUACUACAAAGGGCGCAUUGACAUGGAUAAAUAUGAGGUAAUUGACAUUGAAGAUGGCAGAGAUGAUGACUUUAAUGUCAGCAUGAAAAAUGCUUUCAAGCUUCAUAACAAGGAAACAGAAGAAGUUCAUCUGUUCUUUGCCAAGAAACUGGAGGAGAAAAUACGUUGGCUCAGAGCUUUCAGAGAAGAGAGGAAAAUGGUACAGGAAGAUGAAAAAAUUGGCUUUGAGAUUUCUGAAAACCAGAAGAGGCAGGCUGCAAUGACUGUGAGAAAAGCCUCUAAACAGAAAGGUGUCAACUCUGCCCGCUCAGUCCCUCCUUCCUACCCACCACCACAGGACCCGUUAAACCAGGGCCAGUACCUGGUCCCCGAUGGCAUCGCUCAGUCUCAAGUCUUUGAGUUCACUGAACCGAAACGCAGCCAGUCACCAUUCUGGCAAAACUUCAGUAGGUUAACCCCCUUCAAAAAAUAAUACCUAUAGGAAGGCAGAUAAUUUUAAAAUAAAUAAAAUUAUAUUUAUAGAUGGACCUUUUUUCGGAGAAGCACUGUUGAAAAUUUAUAUAUAUAUAUGUGUGUGUGUGUGUGUGCGCGUGUGUGUGUGUAUGUGUGUGUGUGCACGCAUGUGUGUGUGGCACACACACACAGACCUUUAAGUAUACACAUGUGUGUGUGGGCAUGUGUGCACAUAUGCAUGCACAUGCAUGCACACAUACAUACGUAUACACACACAGAGAAGGACCAAAACCAUUUUCUGUUGUUUUGGGAAAUUGAAAUCUGUAGUUGGUAAGAAGUACCACUAAUUUCCAAACAUGUGAUUCCCUUCUUAAAAUUUUUAGUUCUUAACCUUGUUCCCCUCCCCCUUUCUUUCAAAAACUGAAUUUCUCUUUGUUCUUUUUCCUGUUAAGAUAACCUAUCUUCUCCUCUGGUUCACUGACCUGUCAUUACUACAUAGAGUAUUUGCAUUGUUUUAUUUCCCUUUCCUGAUGAUACUGAUGCUGAUAACUUUUGCAUUUAAGUUUUGUGGUGGGCUUGGAAUUUCAUUUCUCUCUCUCUGUCACUUUCCAUGGAGAAGGGGAAGAUUUCCAUCUCCUGUCCCUCAUGCAACCAUAUGCAAAUGUUCCUGUAGCCCUGCGGUUAUACCAACAGCCUUUUCCCAGCAUCGUGUGUCCACAGUUGUGCCAGUCUAGACAUGCUAUGUUGUGCCCUGUGACCUAUCUGCUUGGUAUUUCUAUUGCUUUCACUGUUUUAGGUAUUGUGGAAGGAUAUAAAACCAAACAGAAACAAAGGAGUAUAACAAUGUAUUGAGGGUAGAGAAGGCUUCUGUUAGGGGGUUAUUUUUUUUAUUUAGAUGAUUUCUUCUAGCACUGAGGGUUCCCAUGUAACAGCAGUGCUAAGUCAUUGAAGUUUUUCAUCUAAGGGUUAGUUUUGUCCAUUAGUCUCUUUUUCAAGCCCCCUUUAUUAUCAAUCUCCCUUUCAGUCUGUCUCUUCCCUAGUCAAAAGGUUGAGCUAAACUGGAAGUGAAGAAAUGGAGACUCUGCCUCCAGGGGAAGAGAUUUAUCUCCACCCAUACAGCAUAUAUCUAAUAGGUAGGGUAAGGUGGGGCUCUCUAUAUAGCAGUUAUUUCGGUGUUCUGGUCAUCCCUGCUUCUAUUUUCAGAUUCUUAAGGCAUCACUGUUAGAAGCAUAUGGAGGGUUCAAGACAAAAUCUGCUUGAACAAGAUCAUUAGAUACCUUCGGAUUAACCUGAAAAGAGUUCAAGAUUGACAAUAGCAUCAUACAGGGAAAGAUGGGGACUAUCACGGAAAGAGACAGGCUUGAUCCAAGAUAAUAUACCUGUAAUUAAAUUAGUACCACUGGAAUUAUGAGAAACAUUCUCAACUGUUAGCAGAUUGCAUGGAUAAUCUUCUCUGUCUCCUUCUUUGCCCUUACUCUGUCUUCCUUGCAGAGGAUUGUGAGUAUUGGCAUAAUUCAAGCCAUUCUGGCACUCAAAGUAGGUCUUGUUUCUGACAUACUCCCAUCCCAGGACAACUGAGGUAAGUGAUAGAGAAACCUAGGGCUAUAUUUACCUCUGGGAAAAAGAUCUGAGGCAAAACACCGAAGUCGGUUCUUGACAGGCUUUCCAUUUGACCAGAACUUUCCCCACAAAAUUCACAAUCCCCAUGAGUAUAGAAGUACUUAUUCCUCCUCGUCAGGUGGCCCUUUGUAUGAAUAGAGCUUGGACAGUGAGGAUAAUAGGAUAUAAAGAAGUGGGGAAACCUAUGCUAUCCAGAAUCUGGAGCUUGAGUCUGUUCUGGACCUGUCAGGAAAAUACUUCACCAUGAAUGGCCCUAAGCUUCCUAAGCAGCAACCACAGAUGUAUGAGGUCUUCAGUAAAGCUGCACUGGGCACUUCAUGGUGCUCUCUGACCUAGACUAAGCCCUAUCCAGAUUGGCAAUCUUUUCCCUAUGGAAAACAAAUUACAAGUUGUCAAACUUUUAUAGUUAUGCAAGGUGAGCUAGCAGAAGACCAGGGCUCGGGACUGGCUAUCACUGCUCAGCACAUGACAGAGCUACUUAAGCCCUUAUGGCAAGGAUUCUGGCAUCUAGCACCUAGACUACAAUGUUAUCCCUUGGCAAACUGAAAGAUGUUUCACUUCCUAUGCAGGCCUCUCUUAGGGUACUUUCUUUUCCUACUUUCUACCCAUCCUCACUAGACUUGGCCUUGGCAACUUUCUGCAGGGAUUAGGGGCACACCACAAGGGGUUGCUUUGAAAUGUUGCUGGAUCUAUAGUAUAUUUUGGCCAGACCCUGUCAUUCUCUUCCCCUUUCUGAGUCUAACAUUCAAGGCUACAGGAUCAGGGGUAUCGCCUAUUACCAUCCUGUUUCUCCAUGCAAUCCACUGACCUUACGAUGUGUAGUCAUUUUUGAAGGCAUUCCCAAUUCAGCUCUCCUUUGAUUGAAAUGACUUACUCCACCCCCACACCUAUGGCUCAAAAUACAUCAGUGGCCAGUAGCCCAAAGGGAAACGCUUAAAUUACCUGGACUCAGUAUCUAAACCUGUUGUGUCCCCAAAACCAUGUUAUUCCCCCCAAAUUCUAUAAUUCUGUUUCUGCAUGGCCCUGUACUCCCUUUUCCUCAACACAAUGAGGCCUGAAUUAUCUUUCCAAAAGGGUUUUGCCAGUUUGUUUUUAUGAAUUCUACUGUAGGGAGGUCCUAAUACAGAAAUACAAUUUUUCUUUUCUUCUCUCAUCCUCUUUCUAUGUGUAUAUCUUUAAUUGGUCUAUUAAGGACAGCAACAAGAGAGUUCUAACAAUUCUAGUAUGAAGCCAAAUAGUGAUAUUUUAGUGCUUUGGGGGUGGGGCGGGCUGGGUGAAUAGAUGGGCAACAGUGAUUUUGACUACCCCUGCUGCUCUGCAUUUGCCAGUUUAUUCUUUUGUUUCUAUUAUCUGACUGUUUGACCCUGUCAAACAAGUGUCAAAAUUGUGUAUUUGGAAAUGUUUAAUAACAACAAAAAGAUGUUGUAAUGACAUAAAGCCUUAUGAAAAUAUUUAUGGAGUUCAAUAAAAGAAAUAAAAAGAC